UAUCAAACUAUAACUUGCUACUUGAUCACACGCAUCAAGAGAAUCAUGGAAAAGCAAGGAGUGUAUGGUCCGAAACCCCGGUUUCUUGUUGGGAAAAUCUCGGACAUGGCUUCCCUCGUCUCCAAAUCCACCUCCAAAGACAUGGACACCAUCAACCAUGACAUCGUUGGCCGUCUCUUGCCCCAUUUCCUCACCUGGUCCAAACAAUACGGAAAGAGAUUUAUAUUUUGGAAUGGAAUCGAGCCAAGAAUGUGUAUAACGGAGACCGAGCACAUCAAAGAGCUUCUAUCAAAGUACAGCACAAAAGCUGGUAAAUCAUGGCUGCAACAACAAGGAUCAAAGCAUUUCAUCGGCCGGGGACUACUAAUGGCCAACGGCGAUGAUUGGCAUCACCAGCGACAUAUCGUCGCACCCGCUUUCACGGGAGACAAACUCAAGGGGUAUGGGGGACACAUGGUGGACUGCACCAAGUAUAUGCUCCAAUCACUGCAAAAUGCACUUGAGUUGGGUCAGACCGAGUUCGAGAUUGGUGAGUACAUGACUCGACUCACGGCGGACAUCAUUUCACGAACCGAGUUUGAUUGUAGCUAUGAGAAGGGGCAGCAAAUAUUCCAUUUGCUCACAGUUUUGCAAAACCUUUGUGCUCAAUCUAGCCGGCACUUGUGGUUUCCCGGAAGCCGGUUUUUUUUCCAAGUAAAUACAACAGAGAAAUAAAAUCACUGAAGAUGGAGGUAGAGAGAUUGCUAAUGGAGAUUAUCCAGAGCCGAAGAGACUGUGUAAAGAUCGGACGAAGCAGCUCAUACGGGAACGAUUUGCUCGGAAUGCU